AUGGAAGAAUGGAACAAAUCGAGUUGGAGAAACAAACCAAUCCAACAAAACGUAAUCUAUCCAUCUGAAACGGCUCAUAAACUAACAGGUAUAAAACAAAAAUUACAAACUUUACCUGGUUUAGUCACUCCACAAGAAAUAGUCAAAUUAAAAAACCAAUUAAUUUCAGUUUCACGUGGUGAAGCUUUUAUUUUACAUGGAGGAGAUUGUUCAGAAUCAUUUCAAGAUUGUCAAUCUGAUCAAAUCUCCCUAAGAAUCAAAUUAAUCUUAAUGAUGUCUUUGAUUAUGAUUUGGGGUUCUAGAUUACCUAUUAUUAGGAUUGCUAGGAUUGCUGGUCAGUUUGCUAAACCUAGAAGUUCGGCUUUUGAACUUGUUGAUGGUCAUCAGUAUCCUAGUUUUAGAGGUGAUAAUGUUAAUGGUCAUUCACUUGAUCAAAGAGUUCCAGAUCCAGAAAGACUAUUAAUGGCAUAUUAUCAUUCAUCUGCUACAAUUAAUUAUAUUAGAUCAUUAUUAGGAUCAGGUUAUGCUGAUUUACAUAGACCAUCUGCAUGGUCAUUUGCUCAUGUUCGAUCACCUGAAUUACAAUCAAAGUAUGAAGAAAUCAUUCAAAGGUUACAAGAUUCGUUAAGUUUUAUGAAAACUGUGGGGGUGGGUCAUCAGCAUCAUACUUUAGAGUGGAUAUUUGGACGAGUCAUGAGGUUUGCACUUAUGUUAGAAUAUGAAGAAGCACUUACAAGAAGUGAUGAACCAGAACAAGCACAUCGAACUCGAAACCUAAAACCAAGUACAUCCAAUCAAUUCCAAACCGAAACUCUCAAACCCGAACCGACCUCUCAAAAAUGGUUACCUAAACCGAAUCAUUAUGAUUUAUCAGCUCAUUUCUUAUGGGUAGGAGAUCGAACCAGACAAUUAGAUCAUGCACACUUAGAAUUCUUAAGAGGCAUAUCUAAUCCGAUUGGAAUUAAAUUAGGACCGAAUUUGAUCAUUAAGGAAUUAAUGGAAAUCUUGGAUUUAGUUAAUCCUAGUUAUGAACAAGGCAAAGUGAUUUUGAUUUGUAGAUUUGGGAUUAAAGAAAUUGAAAAUCGGUUACCAGAAGUUAUUAGAUCCGUCAUUCAUUCGGCUCAUCGUCAUUCGAUUUUUGUUUGUGAUCCGAUGCAUGGGAAUACUAAGAAUGUGGAAGGAUUAGAUGGGGUUAAAACUAGAUAUACCGAGGAUAUUAUCAAUGAGAUCCGUUUAUCAUUCAAAAUUCAUCAUGAACAUGGAACUAGAUUAGGUGGAGUACAUUUAGAAAUGACAGGUGAAUUAGACGAAGAAGGUUAUUCAGUAACGGAAUGUUUAGGUGGUAGUAUGGGACUCAAACCUGAAAACUUGGCUUUAAAUUAUACGAGUUCUUGUGAUCCUCGUUUAAAUUAUGAACAAUCACUUGAUAUUGCAUUCAUGAUUGCAAAUGAAUUUAAUUCAAUUCAUCAAGAUAAAUUGAAAUCUCCUUUAGCUAUUUAUGAUUUACUUGUUUCUCCUACUUUUUAA